AUGCCUACAGGCAUCCAUUAUAAUCAAGCCAUUGGCGGUGGUGGUGGUGGUGGCGGUACCGAAUACGGCUAUACGACAUCAGCAAAUAUUCCACAGCAACAGCAACAGCAACAACAACCACACUCACAGCCGCAAUACUACUAUCAACACAAUGUUCCAGGGGGAGUAACAACAACACCACCACAACAAACAGGAGUGGGUCGACGCCCUACAGUUCUUGGACGUGCUCCGACUCGUCGUAUGGCACCGGGUGCUAAUAGUAUCGCCAAUGCUGGACACAACAUACAACGAGGACGUACAUUGAUUCGGCCUGAUCGAUACCAGGAACCACCACCAUUGUUGACAGGGAAACCUACUUCUGGAGGAGGAUGGUUUGAUCCCUGGGUAUUGUUUUCGCGUAUUGUUACCUUUUGGGCGUUUGCUCCCAUGUUGGCAGCAAUGGGUAAAUCCGAUAAAGGGAUGCAGCAAGCCUGGAGGGAGAAGAUGGCCCUUUGUUUCAUUAUUGCAUGCAUGGGAGGCUUUGUAGCAUUCAUUACGAUUGGUCUCAGCUCAGUCAUGUGUCCACCAGAUCAAGCUACCAACAGCGCCAAUUAUGCAUCUUACAACGAUACAAUCAACAGUGGAUCUCUUCUUGGUAUUCUUGGUUGGCAAUUCAACAUUACAAACUCUGAAGUCACCCACAAUGUCAACCUAUACAACAUUGCACGCGUCCCUGGAACAGACAUUACCAACUACUUUGAACACGGCUCCAACGCACCCUCAUGUCAAAACACAGGCAACCCAAUCGCUUCACAAUUCAAAGCAGUGACAUUCGAACCUUGCAGCGACAACAAUGGCAACAAUGGAUGUCCCUUAGGCAGCAUAUCAACAUCGACUUUUCAAGACCUCAACAUCGACAAUACAACACGGCUGGUGGGCUAUGAUUGGGAGCAGCUUGCGAGUUCCAAUUUGACCAACUUUUUCGUCCUUGAUGGCGUCGUACUCAAUAUGGAUCCAUAUAUCAAAGCCAAUCCUCAUCCUGUUGCAGGCGAUCUUCUUGAUACGACGAUACGCACCAUUCUGAAUUCAUCGUUUGCCAAAGGAGGUCGUGAUGGCACCAAGCAAUUCUUCCGUAAAGCCGAAUUACGAGCAUCCAUCAAUUGCCUCGUUGACAAGUAUCGAGCAGGCCACAUUGACAAGACAACCCCUGGAUGCUUUGCAGCUUCGCUUGUAUUAUUUUGUGCAUUAUCAGUCGUCUUGGCCAUUGUCUUUGCUCGAUUCUUUAUGGCGUUGAUCUUUGCAUGGUGCUUAUCAUGGAAAAUGUCACGUACACCACCACCCGUAGGCCGUAGUCAUCAUCAACAUGGACCUUCCAAAGUGUUACCGAAUCAAACCAUGGAGAUGUCAGAUAUCAAGCGAGCACCAAAACGAAUGGAUUCGAAUGCCAGCACCGUUUCGAGUUUCACAAGUGAAGUCGGCAAUGAUUUGUAUACAGUGCUUCUUAUCACGUGCUAUUCUGAAAACCUCGAAGGCAUCAGGGCAACAGUGGAAUCAUUAUCAGGCACCGAUUAUCCCGAUAGACGCAAGUUGCUCUUCCUUAUUGCUGACGGCAUGAUCACUGGCAGUGGCGAGAAAGUAUCGACACCCGAUGUCUGCUUAUCACUCAUCACGUUCGACAAUCGAUACCCUGAGAUGCGUAAUCCUGAGCCACAACCUUACAUUGCUGUUGCGGAUGGUGCAAAACAAUACAACAGAGCCAAAGUGUAUGCAGGCCAUUAUGUGUGCAAGGGACACAAGGUGCCGAUGAUUUUGGUUGUCAAAUGUGGCAAUCCUGAUGAGGAGGGGAAACCCAAAGCUGGCAACAGAGGAAAACGCGAUUCACAGCUUGUCUUGAUGAACUUUUUCAGCCGUGUCACUUACAAUGAUCGCAUGACGCCUCUCGAUUAUGAUUUAUUCCGCAAAGUACAUUACUUGAUGGGUGUUACGCCUGAUUACUUUGAGCUGGUGCUCAUGGUGGAUGCUGAUACAAAGGUAUAUCGAUCAUCAUUGAGAUUGCUGGUCAAUUGCAUGGUGAACGACAAUCUUAUCAUGGGGCUUUGUGGUGAAACCAAGAUUGCCAACAAACGAGCUAGCUGGACAUCGGCCAUCCAAGUUUAUGAGUACUUCAUCUCGCAUCAUUUGGCAAAAGGAUUCGAAUCAGUAUUUGGUGGUGUGACAUGUUUGCCUGGAUGCUUUUGCAUGUAUCGUUUGAAGGCUCGUAAAGGAGAUGGCGAUUGGGUACCUAUCAUCACCAAACCUGAGAUUGUCCAAGAAUACUCGCAAAAUACCGUCAACACGUUACAUCAAAAGAACCUGCUUUUACUCGGUGAAGAUCGUUUCUUGACAACACUGAUGCUCCGCAAUUUCCCUUAUCGUAAAAUGGUAUUCACGCCACAUGCUAUUUGUAAAACAAUCGUUCCCGACGAAUUCAAGGUGUUGUUGUCACAACGGCGAAGAUGGAUCAAUUCAACCAUUCACAACCUCUUUGAGCUGGUAUUGGUGCGAAAUUUGUGUGGCACAUUUUGCUUUUCAAUGCAAUUUGUUGUUAUGAUGGAUUUGGUCGGCACGUUGACACUUCCGGUGGCUAUCGUUCUCACGCUGGUGUUGAUUAUAUCCAUUGCAAGAACGAAUAUAUCCAGUUUCACCACUGCUGUCCCAUUGGUGCUACUUAUCAUCGUGCUCUUCUCUCCAGCAUUCCUUAUUUUGAUCACCACCAAAAAGUGGGUAUACCUGGGAUGGAUGAUAGUAUAUUUAUUUGCAUUACCGAUCUGGAACUUUGUGUUGCCGGUAUACUCCUUUUGGCACUUUGACGACUUUUCGUGGGGAGAAACACGCAAGGUUACUGGUGAAGUCAAAGGUGAAGAUCAUGGCAAAAAAGAUGGCGUGUUUGAUCCAAGCAAGGUGCCAUUGAGACGUUGGGAGGAUUAUGAACGGCGACGUUUACGUUCUGUGAAACGACGAGAAAAGAAGCUCAAGGAAUUGGGACCAGUGCACAUGACACAUGGGAUGAUCGACAAUGACGACCAACGGCAGCUAUUACAACAAAGUGAUGAAGAAUUGGCAUCCAAUUACACUGGCUCUGAUAUGUCAUCUAUUCACAACAAUCCAAUGCAUUAUUUUGAUCCAUCCAAGGAAGCACCUGUGAAAUCUGGAGCUGGGUAUUAUCCAAUGUUUCGACCACAGCAACAAGGUCCGCCAACGCCGUUGCCUAAGCAACCACCUUUGCAACAAACAGCGCCACAACCUGUUGCUGCGCGCCACCCUCCACAGCCACGUCCACCACCCACAUCACCAGGAAUACCGCAACAGCAUCCACAAAUGAUGCGUUCACCACCAUCACAUCAUCCGCAGCAUGCAACAUCUCCUCGACCAACACCGCCACCUCAUUUAGCGGGGUAUCGACCACCACCACAAUCGCCACAGCAACAAGCUCAAUAUAGGCCACCACCACCUCCGCAGCAUCAAGGUGCACAUCCCGUUCGAUCACCACAACCACAACCGCAUCCCACCCAAUACCGCAGAUAUCAAUAA